AUGAACCCUCGCCAGCAAUUGACUCAGCUCCUCACGCUAGCCUACGUUUUCACGUCAGCCUUUGUCAUGUGGAAAGGGUUGAGUGUAUUCACCAACUCCCACUCCCCAAUUGUGGUUGUGUUGUCUGGGUCCAUGGAACCAGCGUUCCAAAGAGGCGAUAUCUUGUUCUUGUGGAAUAGAGAUACCCAGGCGAAAGUUGGUGACAUUGUCGUCUAUGAGAUCAAGGGCCAGUCGAUUCCUAUUGUGCAUCGUGUGCUCAACGAGCACCACAACGAUGAGAAACAGCUUUUGCUUACCAAAGGCGACAACAACGCUUUGAACGACUUGUCCCUUUACGCGAAGAAGCAGGCAUACUUGAACCAGAAAACAGAUCUUGUGGGCACCGUGAAGGCGUACGUGCCCAAACUCGGGUAUGCCACCAUCUUGAUUACGGAAAAUGUUUAUGUGAAGUAUGCCUUGCUCGGUAUCAUGGGCAUCUCUGCGGUGUUGAGUGGAGAGUAG